CAGCAGCAACAAAAACAACACCAGCAGCAACAAAUAAAGCUGCAAGAACUGCAACAGCAGCAAAACAUGUUGUAUCGGCUGAGCGAUAAGCGGGCUUUACAAUCGGCAUUUCCGGUUCCUCCGAGAAGAGUUCGCCGUCAGGUGACCACACACAACAGCAAAGUCCAUAGAAAGGCACCCCAACAUCAAGCAGAUCAAAGCAUUCAAAGUAUGAGUCAUACAAAGCCAGGAUCUCAAACAAGAACACACACUUCAAGUCAGUCAAACCCUGGAUCUCAAUUCAGCACACACACUUUAAGUCAGUCAAACCCCGGACCUCAAUUCAGCACACACACUUUAAGUCAGUCAAACCCUGGAUCUCAAUUCAGCACACACACUUUAACUCAGUCAAAGCCUGGCUCUCAAUUCAGCACACACAUUUUAAGUCAGUCACACCCUGGACCUCAAUUCAGCACACAUACUUUAAGUCAGUCAAACCCUGGAUCUCAAUUCAGCACACACACUUUAAGUCAGUCAAACCCUGGAUCUCAAUUCAGCACGCACACUUUAACUCAGUCAAACCAUGGCGCAAGCUCUAAUACACAACCUUUAAAUCCUCACGUCGAAUCAAGCAUACAUGCCUUACCUAACUCAAACCCUGGCGCCGUUCCAGCUACUAACUCUCGCAAUCAUUUAAACGCUGAGAUUAUGUCCGACAUUGACCUUUUAGCUCAGUUCACCCACAUUGUCAGGCCAGAUACACCCGAGUUUACACACACUUCAGGUCGACCAAGCUCUCACACACUCACACAAACUCUGAACCGAAUACAAAUGAAAGGACAAACUGGUGGGUCUUUACUUUUGUCUGAACCUAUCCAGAGAGCUUCCGCCGAUCCAUCCUUGUCUCGCAGUAUGUCUAGUCCUGAAUUACUGUCUAGACGAAACCAUGGCAGCGAACGCAUAUCUCCAGCCCCUGCAAGAAAUCAGGUUUCGCAACUUCUCAACGAUCCUAACGCCGUUAAUCAGCAGCAUAACGAACUACACGCCACUCCAGUUCAAGGAACGAACGGUCGACCGCAGAGCGAACGAGUCAUGGACGCUCCAGGUGGAAUGCUCGGCACCAACCCAAUCCCUGCUCAAGGUUUGGGCGCGAUUUCUGGCCCCAUACCACCAAAUAGUAUGCGUGAUAUUCUAGCCCAAAUAAAACUGACAUCUGAUCACAUUAAUGCAACGCAGCAACCGCCUAUGAGGGUAAAUGUCAUGGUCAGUAGAAAUAAUUCCCCACAGGGCACGAAUGCGACCACAAUGAUGCCUAAUCUAUUUCCUGUGGAGCGGCAGCCAAUGUUGCAUGUCAGACCACCAAAACCAUCUACAGUUCCUAUGACACAAGCGCCGUUUGCCGCUGAACAAUGGCCCGAAAAAAUGCCGAUCCUGCCAACUCAUGCACCGCAAGCCAGGGCAGUUCUUCCAGAAGUCGGCGCCGCGCCAUCGCUCACCCAUGUUCCUUCAAACCAUUUAAAUAUGCAGCAACAAAUGCAUCAUUCGAACACAAGGCAGCCUGCAGAUUUAACAUCGAAUAUAUGGUCCUUGUUUGGAAGAAUCGAAUCCUUAUUAAAUGAACUUAAGACCGCAGCAUCUGACGCCAAGGUCACAAACGUUACCGGAAUAGGAGCAAUGCAGGUUCAAACACAGGCAGACCCAACAAAGGUUCAGUUUGCUGAUCCUAAAGCAUCUUUGAAACUGAUUGAAACACGGUUGGAAGCUCUUGGUCUACCCUUUUUGUCCGACAUGGCAGCUAAGUCAUCAUUCCAGUUACCGGAUUCGACAAAUGCCCCUACUAGUGCAACCUUGCCUUAUACCAAAGCGAGCCCGUUUGUGAUGCAUGUAACCGAGUCGCCAAAUGCACGCGAGCAACCAAUUAAAGGACUCAGAGGAAGAACUAUAAAACGACGUUUUAAAGGAAGUCCUCCAGGAAAUGCACAGAGGAACCCACCGCAAGAACCAUUGACAACAGUCACUGCCCAACCACCUGUGCGUCAACUUCCGGCCACAACCCCGCUACCAAUUCGCCAACAAAACGCGUUCAGUCUAGUGGGCAAUCCCUUCCACUCACUGCGUCUAUGGAACCCUAUUCCCGAUGCACAGGCCGGCCAGCCCGUACAAGCCACGUGGGUCAGACCGACGCCGUCUGUCAUGGUGACCACCACGAAACCUGUGCCGGAGAUUCCUAUACUACAAGGCCAAGUUCCAAACGCGAUGUUCGUGCAAAACUGGUUCAAUCCUAUAGGUUUUGCAAUAAACGAGAUGUUGCCCAUGAUGGGGAAAACACCACCACCAGUUUCCGCUUCUAGUAAUAUUUAUCGUGAAUUACUGUUCCCAUCUCAGUUUAUGGGAAUGAAUGCACCACCUGGCCAAACUACCGGUGCAGAAGAAUAUUUUUUAAUGCCAACCACUCCAGCUACUGCAAAUCGACCAGCAGCUCAAUCAGUCGAGUCCGCAAGGGCCGAUUCACGAGUCAAUGUAACAGGUAAACCCGUAAUGAAACCAGCGUUACCGGCGUUGGACUCACUAACAGCGUUGGGACAAAUAUGGGAGCCAACCGUAGCUCCCCCGCCGCCACAGAGAACACUACGGUCAAGCGCCCCUGUAAUUGAAAACCCCGUUAUGGAACAUGCACUGCCGGUCUGGGAAUCAAACACCGUUCCCCCCGUGAGGCAACCGAUGUGGGAACCAGCUGCAGCUGCUCCGCCUCAUCAGGGAUCCUCGGUUUCACACGUUCCUGUUCACGGACUUUCGGCAAUGGAACCAUCAAUGUCUUCCUGGGAAUCAAACACCGUCCCCCCCUUUAGGCGACCAAUGAUGAAUCCAAACGUUACUCCGCCGCCUCAAAAGCGAGCCCCGGAUGCCCGUGUCAUUGGCAUUCAGUCAACAAAAGCUUUAAACAACACCAAUACUAUAAACAAUACUACGAAUGUAGACAACAAACGCACUAGAACAAUGAAUAUUACGCAAGAAAAGAAAGUGAUGGGUCUCGCUGGCCAGACAUUACAACCCGUUAUUCAAAAUGUACCGCAUAUCUGGGAGACAAAAACUGCUGCCCCCGUGAUGCAACAAAUAUGGGAGCCAACUGCCGCUCCUCUUAAUCCACAGGGAUCCCCGGUAUCCAAUGUUCCUAUAGACGGAAGGUCCGUUAUGGAACCAUCACUUCCUAACUGGGAAUCAAACACAUAUCAACCCAUGAGGCGACCAAUGCUGACACCUACUGUCACUCCUUUGCCUCAAAAGCGAGGCCCGGAUGCCCGUGCUCUUGACAUUCAGGCAACUAAAGCUUUUAACAACACCAAUACUGACAACAAAACUACAAAUUUUGACAGCAAACGCAAUAGAAACAUCAGUAUGACGUACGAAAAGCGAGUAAUUGAGCCCGCUGGCCAUCAACUCGGUCAACCAGCCGGUCAACCAGCCGGUCAACCACUCGGUCAACCAGCCGGACAUUCACUCGACAAGCCACUCGUCCAACCGAUCGGCCAACAAUUCGGCCACCCAAUGAUCUUAAACAUCAUGAAUCCCAUCCACCCAGCGUUCCUGACACCUCCUCCUCCGCGCGCUCCCGCACUGGUGUUCCCGGAGAUGAACUCGACAAAAAUGGUGGAAAUAAUCCAGGUUCUCGAGGCGCUUAAGUCUCUGAAGCUCGCCAUGGUGCCAGGAGUCACCACCCAGUCCCCAGCGCAGCUUCUUCAUCCGCUGCUGGAAUAUUUCCAGGGGCAGCAGAAACCGGAAACGGACCCGAAAUACCGUAAAUUCGUGUGUCGGUGCUUCCCGCUCUCGGAGGGCUGCCCGGCGGACCUGAAGGAGGAGCCGCUCAUGGCCAUGUGUGACUCCAGCCACUCGAUGGCCUGCUGUGAUGAGUAGAUAAACACUGUCGCAUUAGAUGUCAUACUUGUAACAGAAUAUCUAUAAUAAUAAUAAU